CCCCUCAGUGCUACAGGCCGCCUUUAGCUGCGCGAGGUGGGUGUGUGCGCGCGUGUAUGUGUGUAUGGGUGAGUGUGUGUGUAUGAGUGCGAGCCAGUCGUGUGCAACCAGCAGCGGCGGGCAGCCUAGGCGAGAAUUAUUGCUGCCUGCAACAACAUCGCACAGCCUAGUACUGCAAUACCCUGCUACCAGUGGUUUAUGAUUACUUCCUCUCAUCCGUGCAUACAGAUGGAAUGUAGGAGCAGCAGUACCACUGCAAGACAGUUCACCAGCACGGCCUGAGCCAAGAGGGGCUAAAAGGAGGACCACCGUGCCACUAGCAGCUUCUUAGGUUGGACUGUGUAACCUAACGAAGGGGUCGCGUGCGUGUUUGUGUUGCUAGCUAGAGACUGGGACAGGGGCGUCCUGUUGCUGUUUGCUACUGGGAGUUACUGGUUGUCGCUGUUUGGCGUAUUCUGUGUGGAUUGGUAUAUGCGUUAUAUAUCCCUGAUUUUUAUUCUUGCAGCGGUGGGGUCCGUACUUUCAUUUGUUUUGCCUCGUAGGUCAUUGCCGCCCCAGCCUUGAAAGCUAGUGGUGGUAGUCUUGGUGGCGGACGAGCGCUUUCCAGUAGCUGCAGGACCUCCAUACAUCGGUAUACGAAGCCUGCGGAAUGAUUAGUGACCUUUUCACAAAAGAUUUUGAAGAGUAAAAGAACAUGACUUCACAACCAUGAUGACUUGGAGAUUAUAACACUCUACAGUUUGGUUGGUUUAGUGCAUUCCUGAGUGCCACAUCUAAACUCACCUGUGCCUGGGCUUGGCUGUAGCAGCUAUCUGGAUCACAGUAUACACUUUCAGUCUGGAUGUAACAUCAGCAUCAGCAGAAUGCAUCUGUUUAGAGAGUAGGCACAACUCAAGACAAAGGAAAGGACUGAGGAAACUCAAACUACAUGACUGAACAUCCCACCUACGUUUCAUGAUGGAUUGAGCUGACAUAUUUGUUUUAUUACAGUUGGAGCUGAGAAAAGACUUAAGAGAAAUGAAUCAAGAGUUAGUCGUUGAGGACACUGGAACCAAUGGACAGACUGCAUGAAAGAACAUUUGCAGUUGACUUCCAUGGAUGCAGUUUUACUACCUUCGGUGCUAAUGGGACAAACAGAAACGCUAUGGAUAUAAAAGAAAGGAAACCGUAUAGAUCUCUAACAAGGCGGCGUGAGGCAGAACGACGGUAUACCAGUUCAUCAGCAGACAGUGAGGACUGCAAAAUACCUCAAAAAUCGUACAGUUCCAGUGAGACUUUGAAGGCUUAUGACCAAGAUUCCAGGCUUAUAUACAGUAGUCGCGUCAAAGAGAUGGUGCACCAAGAGGUAGACGAAUACUGCCGACAGGGAACAAACUUCUCCUUACGAGAGCUUGGAAUGAGUGAAGCACUGCCUCAGCACGGUUCCACAUUCCGACCUGAUGUGGGACUGUCUCACCGUGGAUAUUCUAUUAGUGCUGGUUCAGAGGCUGACACAGAAGCUGAAGGGAGUCUGUCCCCAGAGCAUGUUGUAAGACUUUGGGGACGAAGUAGUAAAUCAGGGCGAAGUUCCUGCUUGUCCAGCCGAGCAAAUUCCAACCUCACUCUCACUGAUACAGAACAUGAAAACACAGAAAAUGGUCCUCCCCUGCAUUGUUCAUCUGCUUCAUCAACCCCUGUUGAGCAGAGCCCCUCCCCUCCCCCUUCCCCAGAAGCAAAUGAGAGCCAAAGGAGGUUGCUAGGUAACGGUGUGGCCCAGCCAACCCGGGACUCUGACUCUGAGGAAGAGAUUGCUCCCAAUGCCUUCUUAGUUAAAACUAGCUCUGGAAGCCUCUAUGUUCCCGCUAAUGAUCAACAACUUAAUCUUCAGAACCAUCCGAGGCUCCGCACACCACCACCUCCCAUACCACAUUCGCACACACUGAAUCAGCAUCAUGCAACGUCUAUUAACUCCCUGAACAGGGGGAAUUUUACCCCGCGUAGUAACCCCAGCCCUGCCCCCACAGAUCACUCUGCUCUGGCAGAGGGCUCUGUAGGUACGCAGGAGUCCACACAUGCUCAGGACAACUGGCUGCUCAACAGCAACAUUCCACUGGAGACCAGAAACUUAUCAAAGCAGACAUUCCUAGAGACAUUGCAGGACAACUUCAUAGAGAUGGACAUUCUCACCACGACCCGCCAUGAUGGUGCCUACAGUGAUGGGCAUUUUCUGUUCAAGCCUGGAGGAACAUCCCCCCUUUUCUGUACCACUUCACCGGGCUACCCUCUGACUUCAAGCACUGUGUACUCCCCUCCACCCAGGCCAUUGCCACGAAGCACUUUCUCCAGACCAGCGUUCAACCUGAAGAAACCUUACAAGUACUGUAACUGGAAGUGCGCCGCCGUGAGUGCCAUCAUCAUAUCCGUUGCCUUGGUGAUACUGCUGGCAUAUUUCAUUGCCAUGCACCUGUUUGGCCUAAACUGGCACCUGCAGCCGAUGGAAGGGCAGCUGUAUCAGAUCGGGGAGGACAGAACCAACAGUUGGCUAGUGCCAACGGACGUCACCUUGUCUCCCUCAAGGGACACAGGGUUAGAGUUACCAGACAGAAAGGGCAAAGGAAGCGGCGAAGGAAAACCAGACAGUUUCUUCUCGGAAGACACUUCUAUAGACUCUGGAGAGAUUGAUGUUGGGAGGAGGGCUUUACAGAAGAUUCCUUCUGGAGUUUUUUGGAGGUCUCAGGUGUUCAUAGACCACCCUAUGUACCUAAAAUUCAAUGUGUCUUUAGGAAAAGAUGCCCUGGUUGGAAUAUAUGGCAGAAGAGGGCUACCUCCUUCACAUACUCAGUUUGACUUUGUUGAGCUGCUGGAUGGAAGACGACUGCUGGCCCAGAAUAUGAAGAGUUUGGAAGGACCCCAGUUACAGUAUCGGAGCUUGGUUCAAGUGAGCAGGCAUGAGACAGGAUUCAUUCAGUAUCUGGAGUCGGGAAUAUGGCACCUGGCCAUCUACAAUGAUGGGAAGGAAACCGAGAUGGUCUCAUUUGUUACCACAAGCAUAGAGUCUGUCGAUGGCUGCCCCAGCAAUUGCUAUGGCAAUGGUGACUGUGUAUCUGGCACUUGCCAUUGUUUUCCUGGCUUUCUGGGCCCAGAUUGUGGCAGAGCUUCUUGCCCAGUUCUGUGCACUGGUAAUGGCCAGUACAUGAAAGGUCGCUGUUUAUGCCAUAGUGGUUGGAAAGGACCAGAAUGUGAUAUUCCUACAAACCAGUGCAUUGACCCAACAUGCAAUAAUCAUGGCACCUGUAUCAUGGGAACCUGUAUCUGCAGUCCAGGAUACAAAGGCGAGAGUUGUGAAGAAGUUGACUGCAUCGAUCCUACCUGUUCUGGACGAGGGGUGUGUGUUCGGGGAGAAUGUCACUGUUCUAUUGGAUGGGGAGGAGCAAGCUGUGAGAAACCCAGGGCUACCUGUGCAGACCAGUGUUCAGGUCAUGGAACAUUGUUACCUGAUACUGCAUCUUGUGUCUGUGACAUCAACUGGACAGGGCAUGACUGUGCUGUUGAGAUUUGUUCAGCUGAUUGCGGAGGACAUGGCAUCUGUGUUGGAGGUAUCUGCCGCUGUGACGAGGGCUGGAUGGGUGCCGCCUGUGAUCAACGUGCAUGUCACCCACGCUGCAGUGAGCACGGGACAUGCCGGGAUGGCAAGUGUGAAUGCAGCCCAGGCUGGAAUGGAGAGCACUGCACCAUUGCUCACUAUCUGGAUAAGGUAGUGAAAGAGGGUUGUCCAGGCUUAUGUAAUGGAAAUGGCAGAUGUACUCUGGAUCAGAAUGGAUGGCAUUGCAUCUGUCAGCUGGGCUGGAGAGGAGCUGGCUGUGAUACCUCCAUGGAAACUGCUUGCUUGGAUGGAAAAGACAAUGAUGGAGAUGGUUUAGUGGAUUGUAUGGACCCAGAUUGCUGUUUACAACCAGCAUGUCAUAUCAAAACACUAUGCGUGGGAUCUCCUGAUCCACUCGACAUCAUUCAGGAGACACAGUUACCAACAUCUGAGCAGAAGCUGCAGACCUUCUAUGAUCGAAUCAAGUUCCUGAUUGGCAAAGACAGUACUCACUUCAUCCCAGGAGAUAAUCCUUUUGAUGGAGGUCAUGCCUGUGUGAUACGCGGACAAGUGAUGACAUCAGAUGGAACCCCACUGGUUGGAGUAAACAUCAGUUUCAUCAACAAUCCUGGUUUGGGCUAUACUGUCAGCAGACAGGACGGCAGCUUUGAUCUUGUCACAAAUGGAGGGAUUUCCAUUACAUUACGCUUCGAGCGUGCUCCAUUUAUCACACAAGAACAUACUCUGUGGUUGCCAUGGGACCGUUUUUUUGUCAUGGAGACCAUCAUCAUGAGGCAAGAGGAAAAUGAAAUCCCAAGCUGUGACCUCAGUAAUUUUGCACGUCCCAAUCCUUUGGUCUCUCCAGGCCCUUUGACUGCAUUUGCAGGUUCUUGCUUUGAAAGAGGAUCAAUUGUUCCUGAAAUUCAGGCCCUGCAGGAAGAGAUCAGCUUUCCUGGGACCAAAAUUAAACUCAGCUAUCUGAGCAGCCGCACUCCUGGGUACAAGUCAGUACUGAGGAUUAUCCUUACACAUCCCACCAUCCCCUUCAACCUCAUGAAAGUGCAUCUCAUGGUGGCGGUGGAGGGUCGUCUCUUCAGAAAGUGGUUCCCUGCCGCUCCUGAUCUCGCAUAUCAUUUCAUCUGGGAUAAGACGGAUGUAUAUGGGCAGAAGGUAUAUGGCCUGUCUGAAGCAGUAGUGUCAGUUGGUUAUGAAUAUGAAUCUUGCCCGGACCUGAUCCUGUGGGAGAAGAGGACUGCUGUCCUGCAAGGAUAUGAGCUUGAUGCUUCUCGACUUGGUGCCUGGAGCUUGGACAAACAUCAUGCCCUUAACAUUCAAAGUGGUAUCUUACACAAAGGAAAUGGGGAAAAUCAGUUCAUCUCCCAGCAGCCCCCAGUCAUUGGGAGCAUUAUGGGGAAUGGUCGACGGAGGAGCAUAACUUGCCCUAGUUGCAAUGGACUCGCAGAUGGUAACAAACUGCUGGCUCCUGUUGCCUUGGCAUGUGGAUCAGAUGGGAGCAUAUAUGUCGGAGAUUUCAAUUACAUUCGAAGAGUCUUUCCUUCUGGCAACGCUACUAACAUAUUGGAACUAAGAAAUAAAGAUUUCAGGCAUAGUAAUAGCCCUGCACACAAGUACUACUUGGCCACAGAUCCUGUUUCUGGAAAUGUCUACCUGUCUGAUACAAAUAGUCGACGCAUUUACAAGAUCAAGUCUCUUUCUGUCGUGAAGGAUGUGGCCAAGAACUCAGAGGUGGUGGCAGGCACUGGUGACCAGUGUCUCCCUUUUGAUGAAAGCCGUUGUGGAGAUGGAGGAAAGGCACCAGAAGCCACACUAAAUAAUCCAAGAGGUAUAGCAGUGGACAAGUUUGGCUUAAUAUACUUUGUUGACGGCACAAUGAUCAGGCGGAUUGAUCAGAACAGGAUUAUUUCAACAGUUCUGGGUUCCAAUGACCUAGCAUCAGCCCGACCACUCAGCUGUGACUCAGUGAUGGAUAUUUCUCAGGUUCGCCUGGAGUGGCCCACUGAUUUGGCAAUUAAUCCCAUGGAUAAUUCACUGUAUGUGCUGGAUAAUAAUGUUGUACUGCAGAUCUCUGAAAACCACCAAGUCCGCAUUGUGGCUGGAAGGCCGAUGCAUUGUCAAGUUCCUGGCAUUGACUACUUUCUGCUUAGCAAAGUGGCAGUGCAUGCAACCUUGGAAUCUGCCACUGCACUGGCCAUCUCUCAUAGUGGUACCCUUUACAUUGCAGAGACUGAUGAAAAGAAAAUCAACCGCAUUAGGCAGGUGACCACAAAUGGAGAAAUUUUGCUAGUUGCUGGAGCACCAAGUGGUUGUGACUGCAAGAAUGAUGCCAACUGUGACUGCUUUGCAGGAGAUGAUGGGUAUGCAAAAGACGCAAAGCUUAAUGCCCCUUCAUCCCUUGCAGUGUGCCCCAAUGGAGAACUGUUUGUAUCAGAUCUUGGGAAUAUACGUAUUCGAUUCAUUCGGAAAAAUAAACCCUUUCUCAACAGUCAGAACUUAUAUGAACUUUCUUCUCCCUUGGACCAGGAGCUAUACUUGUUUGAUUCAAAUGGCAGUCACCUUUAUACCCAAAGUCUUGUCACAGGAGAUUAUUUAUAUAAUUUUACCUACACUGGUGAUGGAGAUAUUGGCUUGAUUGUGGACAAUAAUGGGAACACAUUGAACAUUAGGAGGGAUACCACUGGUAUGCCUCUCUGGGUGGUCGUACCAGAUGGGCAGGUCUACUGGCUGACAAUUGGCACAAAUGGUGCAAUCAAAAGUGUUUCUGCUCAAGGUCAUGAGCUGGCGGCAAUGACAUAUCAUGGAAGUUCUGGACUUCUAGCAAGCAAGAGCAAUGAGAAUGGCUGGACAACAUUUUAUGAGUAUGACAGUUUUGGCCGUCUGACCAAUGUUACAUUCCCUACUGGGCAGAUCAGUAGUUUCCAUAGCAAUACUGACAGCUCUGUCAGAGUUCAGGUGGAAACAUCUAGUAAGGAUGAUCUUGUUAUAACAACAAACCUGUCUGCUUCUGGAGCAUUUUAUACUGUAAUGCAAGAUCAGUUGAGAAACAGCUAUCACAUUGACGCAGAUGGUUCUGUCAGACUUAUAUUAGCCAAUGGCAUGGAGGUGGCACUACAGACAGAACCUCAUUUACUGGCUGGUACAGUUAAUCCAACAGUGGGAAAAAGGAACGUGACACUGCCCAUUGACAAUGGUCUCAAUUUGGUUGAGUGGCGUCAGAGGAAAGAACAAGCCCGUGGACAUGUCACUUUGUUUGGACGAAGACUGAGGGUUCAUAACAGGAAUCUUCUGUCUCUGGAUUUUGAUCGUAUCACUAGGACAGAAAAGAUCUAUGAUGACCAUCGGAAGUUCACACUGCGUAUCCUCUUUGACCAUGCUGGCCGUCCUACACUCUGGUCUCCCAGUAGCAAGCUCAAUGGGGUCAAUGUGACGUACUCACCUGGUGGGCAGGUUGCUGGCAUCCAGAGGGGCAUCAUGUCUGAACGCAUGGAGUACGAUCAGGCUGGUAGGAUAAUUUCCAGAACUUUUGCAGAUGGAAAGUCAUGGACUUACACUUACCUGGAAAAGUCCAUGGUUUUGCUUCUUCACAGUCAGAGGCAGUACAUCUUUGAGUUUGAUAGGAGUGAUCGUUUAUCCUCUGUUACCAUGCCUAAUGUUGCAAGGCAAAAGUUGGAAACCAUCCGAUCUGUUGGAUAUUACCGCAAUAUCUACAAACCUUCUGAAGGUAAUGCCUCAGUGAUUCAGGACUACUCAGAAGAUAAUCGAUUACUUCAUACCGCAUAUCUUGGAACUGGAAGACGUGUGAUUUACAAAUAUGGCAAACAGUCAAAGUUAUCAGAGGUUUUAUAUGACACAACUAAAGUUAUUUUCACCUAUGAUGAAACUGCUAGUAUGUUGAAGACAGUAAACCUGCAGCAGGAAGGGUUUACAUGUACUAUACGGUAUCGACAAAUAGGUCCACUGAUUGAUCGACAGAUCUUCCGUUUUAGUGAGGAAGGAAUGGUAAAUGCCCGGUUUGAUUAUAAUUAUGACAACAGUUUCAGGGUUACAAGUAUGCAAGCUGUUAUCAAUGAGACACCUUUGCCCAUAGAUCUCUACAGAUAUGAUGAUGUUUCUGGUAAAACUGAGCAAUUUGGAAAAUUUGGAGUAAUUUAUUAUGACAUCAAUCAGAUUAUUACCACUCCAGACAUGACACACACCAAACAUUUUGACACUUAUGGAAGAGUGAGGGAGGUUCAGUAUGAAAUUUUCAGAUCGCUCAUGUAUUGGAUGACAGUUCAGUAUGACAACAUGGGAAGAGUGGUUAAAAAAGAACUGAAAGUGGGCCCCUAUGCCAACACAACCAGGUAUACGUAUGACUAUGAUUCUGAUGGACAACUGCAGACAGUGACUAUGAAUGAAAAACCACUGUGGCGCUACAGCUAUGACUUGAAUGGUAAUCUACAUUUGCUGAGCCCUGGAAAUAGUGCUCGUUUGACACCACUACGAUAUGACCUUAGGGACAGAAUAACUAGACUAGGUGAUAUCCAGUAUAAAAUGGAUGAAGACGGCUUCCUUUGGCAAAGGGAUAAUGAGAUAUUUGAGUACAAUUCUGCUGGCUAUCUCAUAAAAGCAUACAACAAAGUCAGUGGGUGGAGCAUCCAGUAUCGCUAUGAUGGUCUUGGAAGGAGGGUUUCCAGUCGAAACAGUAAUGGGCAGCAUAUACAAUUCUUCUAUGCAGAUCUUUCAAGCCCCACUAAGAUCACUCACAUGUAUAAUCACUCCAGCUCUGAGAUAACUUCACUUUAUUAUGAUCUUCAAGGUCACCUUUUUGCAAUGGAGCUUAGCAGUGGAGAUGAAUUCUAUGUGGCUUGUGAUAAUAAUGGAACGCCUCUUGCUGUGUUUAGCAGAACAGGGCUAAUGAUAAAGCAGAUGCUAUACACAGCUUAUGGAGAAGUCUACAUUGAUACGAAUCCUAGCUUCCAGCUUAUCAUAGGCUUCAAUGGUGGGCUGUAUGAACCACUGACCAAACUCAUACACUUUGGGCCAAGAGACUAUGAUGUGCUAGCUGGUCGUUGGACAACACCUGACCAUGACACCUGGAAACAACUCAGCAGCAGCAGCAACAUCGUGCCGUUUAACCUUUACAUGUUCAAAAGUAAUAACCCUGUCAGCAAUUCACAGGACACCAAGUGCUACAUGACAGAUGUCAAGAGCUGGUUGCUCACAUUUGGAUUUCAGCUUUACAAUGUUAUCCCGGGAUACCCCAAACCAGAGAACGACGCAGCAGAGCCUUCUUAUGAACUCAUUAACACUCAGAGCAAAACCCAGGAGUGGGACAACAGCAAGUCUAUUUUAGGAGUCCAGUGUGAAGUACAGAAGCAGUUGAAAGCAUUCAUUACCCUAGAGCGGUUUGGUCAAGUUUAUGGUUCCAGCAGUGCAGGAUGUCAGCAGCCAAAGAAGCAGUACAGAUUUGCAGCUGGAGGCUCAAUCUUUGGUAAAGGUGUCAAGUUUGCUGUUCGAGAUAGGCGUGUCUCUACUGACAUUAUCAGCACAGCCAACGAGGAUGGACGGAGGAUUGCUACCAUUUUAAACAAUGCAUAUUAUUUAGAGAACUUGCACUUCACAAUCAAUGGUGAGGACACACAUUACUUUGUCAAACUUGGGCCUCCUGAUGGUGAUCUAUCAAUAUUGGGCCUUACAGGGGGGCGGAGAACCCUGGAAAAUGGAGUCAAUGUGACUGUGUCCCAAAUCAACACAAUUUUGAGUGGAAGGACUAGACGGUACACAGACAUUCAACUUCAAUAUGGAGCACUUUGUUUGAACACCCGUUAUGGUACAACUGUGGAUGAAGAAAAGGUACGUGUUCUGGAGCUUGCCAGACAGAGAGCAAUCGCUCAGGCCUGGCUGAGGGAGCAGCAGAGACUCCGGGAGGGGGAGGAGGGAAGUCGGUCAUGGACAGAAGGGGAAAAGCAACAGCUGCUAAGCACAGGACGUGUGCAAGGCUAUGAUGGUUAUUUUGUAAUCUCGGUGGAGCAGUAUCCAGAAUUAUCAGACAGUGCAAACAAUAUCCACUUCAUGAGACAGAGUGAAAUGGGGAAGAGGUGACAUGAAGGGACAAGCUGAUAACUUCUUGCCAAAGACAGCUACUGAUGUGGCCACUUUUCUGACUGUGUUGUGCUUACAUUUUUUUAAAUAUGUCAAGAACAAAAAAAAAAUGAAAUAUGAUACAGUUGCACUGCAGUCUGUGCAAUGGGUCAUUCUUUUUGUCUCCACACCUUUUGCAUUGAACAGAAGGUAUUUUCAACGUAGUGUAAUCACAAUUAAAUCAACAGUCUCUUGUUCAUUCUCCUUGUAAGGAGUUUAAGUGGGGGUGUGCACAUAUUUUCACAAGUACUUAGCUGUGAAAUGAAAACUGACUGUAUGUUAAUAAGUUGCUUCAUUUCAACUCAUUCAUAUGCAGACUCAGUUACAAGUAGAACUGGAAAAAAAAUGAAAGUGUGGCUGGUUUGGGGGCAAGGUAGAAGGUGGAGUGCUAUUCAGUGGGGCACUGCAUCAUGAUAAUUAAUAGGUUCUUGGUGUGUUGUCAGUAAAUUGUGGCCAAACUUGGAACAGGUCUCUCACAAGGCCAUGCAUCCUUUCUAGGGAUAGUAUCCAGUGAGUGUUGUGCAACUUCCAGUCUAAACAAGCAAGUAAGGGCAUACUUUAUUCAGAGUUUCUGUCCAAUCUGUGCUCUCUGUGUUUUGCACAUUGUCAUCGCAAGCUCUCGAUACAGCAGCUCUUCAAGAAAUUAGGAAAAACAUUCGAAAACAUCGAAUGACUAUAUCUACUUACUCAUCAUGCAGCCUGUAAUCAAAAAUUGUACGUCUUGCAUCUCAUACAAGAAGCACAAGAGAGAGAGAGAGAGAGAGAAUGAGUCACAGGAGCAGGCACUGAGCAGCAAUUCUCAACUGUAGCUGAUUUCCUACUUUCCUCAGGAGUAAAGACUGAAAAAAAAAUUGUUGUCAUACUCCUGAUCCCUUGUGUGCCUUAAAGGGAUAAAAUAUGUUUUUAUCAGACCUACCUUGGUGCAGAAAGCUUUGUUGGACUGUGAUCUUCAUGUGUCAAGAACUAAAGGCACAAAACUUGAGCAGAAUCCCAGCAAAUCAAACUCCCUGGUGAAAAAAAUCUGUGACUCCACAUGGGACUUUAGUAACCGGGUGAUUUUGCACUAGGGUUUCCUCACACCACAGUUCAGUCCAGUUCUACCAGGUGUCGUACCCGUGAUGUUAUUAACCUCUGCUGGAGGUGAGAACGUAACAUUUUGCCUCGUUAGGAGUGAAGAAAAAAAAAACAACAAAAGGAAACUUAAACAUGUAAUUAAAGGUUAUGUUUUGUCAUUCUUGUAAAUGAAAAUUAUAGAAGAUAUUAUGCAGUAAUAUGAUAAUUUUGUCCAAAAUGAUUUUCUAAGUGAAACAGUGUUGAAAUCAUUACAUUUCCUGUCCUAUUCCAAAUAGUCUUACUACCUGGAAAAUGGAAGUUUCAGUAUCUAAAAGGGAAAGUAUUGAAAAUCUGCAGCUAUUGAGUCCAAGUGGACCAAGAUAAUCAGAUAUGAAGGAAGUAGGCCCAGUUCUAGUGAACUAGCCCCAGUUUUGCCUCAAGACUCUUUGUGAUGCAAAUUGUGUUGACCACUUACUGGCAGGAACUUAGAUUCUGCUAGUUUUAUGGGUUCAAUUUUAAUCCAGCAGCUGUUAGAAUAAAAUAGGGCCCAUGAAAAUAAAAACGUUUAAAAAUA